CCUGCGCACUGGGCGGCGGACGGGCAGUGGUUGCCCUGGCAUCGGCGAGCGGGGAGGCGGCGACCGCGCUGUGCCGCCGCUGGAGCCUCCCGGAGCCGGGGACCGCCUGAGGUGGGCAAGGAGCAGCAGAAACACCCGGGGAGAACCGGCUGGAGGAGCUCCGCCAGGAUGAGGGACCGUCUGGCCGAGCUGGCAUCGCGCACUCAAAACGAAGAUGGAGAAGCAACAGUUGUCGUUGAAAGCGACCAUUACAUGGAAGACUUUUUCCUACAGGUCGAGGAAGUUAGGAAAUAUAUCUCCAAAAUCUCAGAUGUUGUAGAAGAAGUGAGGAAGAAACACAGCGUUAUUCUCUCGGCCACACAUCCAAAAGAUAAAACGAAGGAAGAACUCGAAGAAUUGAACAAAGAAAUCAGAAAAACAGCCAAUAUCAUCCGUGCUAAACUGAAGUCCAUGGAACAAAAUUUAGCCCGAGAGGAGAACAUUAACCGAACUUCCGCGGAUGUCCGGAUACGAAAAUCACAGCAUUCAGUGUUGACCCGGAAGUUUGUGGAUGUUAUGACAAUGUAUAACGGAACUCAAACCGUCUUCCGGGAACGCACGAAGGACCAGAUACGCCGUCAGUUGGAGAUAACUGGAAAAACCACCACAGACGAAGAACUGGAAGAAAUGUUGGAAAGCGGCAAUCUUUCCAUUUUCACUUCGGACAUCAUUUUGGACACCAAGCUGACCAGAGCAGCCCUCGAUGAAAUUGAGUCGCGUCAUAAAGACAUUAUAAAACUGGAAUCGAGCAUACAGGAAUUGCACGAAAUGUUCAUGGACAUGGCGAUGCUCGUGGAGGUUCAGGGCGAAAUGGUCAACAGCAUCGAGAAGAACGUGAUGAACGCCGUGGAUUACGUAGAACACGCCAAGGAAGAGACCAAGAAGGCCGUCAAAUACCAAAGUAAAGCUCGUAGAAAAAAAUGGAUUAUUGUCAUUAUUGUGCUGGUGCUGUUGGCUCUCCUGGCUCUAAUAAUUGGCUUGGCCGUUGGGGUGCCAUGAUGCUUAGAUAACUGUCCGUGAGCAACUCUCCCUGCUACCUCUCAGUAAGUACUAAUUGACCAGCUGGCCUCGCCUGUUAACCUUUUUCUAAAACUGUAAUCUGUGUCUUCUCCCUGCGAUGUGGUCUGUAUGCUUGCCUUCUUCCCAGCCUGUCUGACAGCAAAGAAAAAGGCAGAUUUUGCACAGAGGCGUAGACCUCCAGUGGCUAAUGGCCUCUUAAGUAUUUUGUUUUGCAUGUCUUGUGUGCUAAAACCCAUUUGGUUUUGUUCUGCUUUCCUUUCUUCUUUUUUUUUUUUUUUGGAGGCUUGGAAGAUGGACGUUUGAGCUUUUACAGAGAGUUUUUCAUCAGUUUAUUGAAGAGGACGGGAUGAAGGGAGAUUGAGGAUUAAGAUCAACUGUCUGUAAUCCCCUCCUGAUGUAGGCGUGCUUGAUUUCAGCAGAUCUUUUGGGACAGAGAGCACUCUUUAGAUCAGUUGGCUACCCUGUUCCUCCUUGCUUUGAAAUUGCUCACCUCUGUAUUGUUAUGAUGGAAAAUGCCAAAAUGGAAAGAGUGCAAAGAAGAGCAGCGAAGGUUGAUCAGGGGACUGGAGGCCAAAACAU